UGAUGCGGGAGAUCUCCUGUACGUAACCCAUUAAAAGAAACAGCAGCAACCGAAGCUCACCAAGUUGAACUAGAACAAGAAGCUCCGAAACACUAAAGCAAAGCAAACCAAACAUGUAAGUGAGAGAGACUACUAUCGAACACUAAAAAAAGUGGAAGACGAUAGACAAAAAAAGCUACCUAUGGAGAGCUUGAAUCCACAGGGAAUCGAGCCUCCAAGCUUCGACGAGUGCCACAUAAACAAGAGGCAGCGGAGCAUUGACCGGAGUGCCGCUAUUUCCAAGUUCCGUCGAACCGGGGAAUCCUCCUCCGGUCAAUGGUCGGAGGAGACGGGCAUGACCACCGAGAUUAUGAUGUCCCAAGAAGAAGAGGAUAAAGAUGUGAGUAAAAGCUCCCCGUGCGAAUCCUACGGCUCGAUAUCGGUGAUCGGGCGGCGGAGGGUGAUGAAGGACGCCGUGGCCGUCACCAAGCUCCACGAGCACCACUUCUUCGCCGUCUACGACGGCCACGGCGGCUCCUCGGUCUCCAACGCCUGCCGCGACCGCCUGCACCAGCUCCUCGCUCAGGAGGUCGAGCCCUGGAUACGCGGCAGCGACAGUACCGGAGGGGUCGACUGGGAGAAGGCCCUGGCCUCCUGCUUCACCAAGAUGGAUAACGAGGUCGGCGCCGCCGCCGCCGAGAUGGAGGGCUGUGUGAACACAGUGGGGUCCAGCGCCGUGGUGGCGAUCAUAGGAAAGGAGGAAAUCGUGGUGGCGAACUCCGGCAACUCACGUGCUGUUCUGUGCCGCGACGGCGUUGCUAUACCUCUGUCACGUGACCACAACCCCGACCGUCCGGACGAGAAGGAGAGAGUAGAGGCGGCGGGAGGGAGAGUGAUAGACUGGAAAGGCUUUCGCGUGCUGGGAGUGCUGGCGACGUCGCGGUCAAUCGGAGACCAUUACCUGAAGCCGUACGUGAUAUCGGAGCCGGAGGUGACCAUCAGUAAGAGGACAGGGUCGUGCGACUUUCUGGUGAUAGCGAGCGACGGACUUUGGGAUGUCGUAUCGAAUGAGUUUGCGUGUCAGGUUGUGACGAGAUGUUUGGAUGCACAAAUUAAGUUGAAGUUUUCGGAGGGGAUGAGCGGAGGUCCGGCGGCAAAUGCGGCGGCCUUGCUGGCGCAACUGGCACUGGCUCGAGGGAGCAAAGAUAAUAUCACCGUCAUAGUGGUUGAGCUCAACAAGUCCAUGACCGCCUGAACUUGAGGAGUGCACUACCUCUUAGAACAGAAAAUGUUUUGUUUUCAUAUAUUUGUUAGUUUUUCUUUUUAUUAUUAUUUUUUUCAUCGUGUAUAAAAAGGUUUGUUCACUUAAUGGAAAAAUGAAUCCUCGUGUAUAAAAAGGUUUGUUCACUCGUGCAAUACAAAU